AUGCACAUGGAGUCUGCGAUGGAACACUAUCCGGAGACUUUUGGUCAAGUGUCAAUGCUAUUUGUAAAUUGUAAAAUUGGACAACAUGACAUCAAAGCCUUUGUGGAUUCCGGUGCACAAAGUACCAUUAUGAGCGAGAGUUGUGCAAAGCGAUGCAAUCUGGAACCGUGGAUCGAUCGACGCUGGGCGGGCAAGGCUUAUGGAGUCGGAACGCAGACCAUAAUCGGCCGUGUCCACAAUGGACAGAUUGAGAUUGGUGGCGUAUUUCUGCCGACUUCAUUCAUCGUGCUUCAAGAUCAGCAUUUGGAUCUAAUGCUUGGUCUGGAUAUGCUAAAACGUCAUCAGUGUUGCAUUGAUUUGAAGCGAAACGUGCUCCAAUUGGAUGGUGGUCGAGUCGAAACACCAUUUUUACCGGAAUCCGAAAUUCCCAAACAGUUUCUUGCCGAAGGAAUGCUCGAGGCGGAGACCGCCGGAUCCAGCUCCCUUGAAGGUCUGUCCGCGGAACGUCGUGUCAAGGUAGAGCAACUGAUUAGUCAAGGCGUCCCACAGGCGCGAGCAAUUCAAGAACUAGAAUCUCACGACUGGGAUGUACAGGCUGCUCUUGUUUCCUUCAUGUCCAGUGAUGAUGCACCGGAAUGA